AUGCGCUUUUAUCAGUUUAAGCGUGAUCUACAACAGCCGAAACUCUUCUUUCACAUGCAAAGGGCGGCAUAUGUCAUCGGACAGCGCACCUGCCAGAAAUUCUCGCAGGGUGAUCGCAUCUUCAUCGCGUGGCUUCCUUUGUUCGAAACACGGCUGUUACCUGGUUUCAUGGCACCCCAUGACUAUCCAUUGCAGAAGUGGCGCGUUCACACACAUCCGAUCAAAUUUGUCGCACAGUUCAGCCGCCUCUUCUCAGGAGGGUCAUCCAAAGUUGCGGCCGAUGAAGCAGACAUCUCGCUCGCGGAGUUCAAGGUAGAAAGCGACAAACGCUGGCUCCAUCGGUACCAACAGACUGAUUUUGAAAAAGGAAACGAGUCUAUGUUUUUCACAGUUGAAAACUAUGGCGCCUCUCUCACCUGCGGAAACGCUGGCGAUUCUUCUCCCCAAGGCGUUGACACCAUGGCCGAACAGCCCUGCAUGUUUGUCGAUGCCAUGUUCUCCAAUGGCCGCUGGAUGAUCGUGCUCUUUUGGGGAAGGGGCACCCGUGAUGCCAAGCAGAAGGAGCGAGUUAGCGUGGUGAUCGACGUGCUCGCCAUAUCCAGCACACUCCGCACCGAAGUCGAACUUACCAAGUACCACCCGGUCCUGCGUGCAUUCACGACUAUAUGGCACCAGCCUGACUCGGCAGGCCUGGGAAAGAAGGCCCUCUCACAGGACUACCGGAGCAUCGUUUCCGAUUGCAAGAGCUUGCAAGCGUGA